UCCACAAACGUCGAAAUAUCCACCAGGAGCACGUUUAUCUCCAUAUAACGGACAAUUAUUAUUAUCAACAGGAGAAGACAAGUAUACCGGAUAUUCUAAAUUAUUACUUAAAUACUUUCUGGCACAAGGAAUUGCUUCAGGUCACCACGUGCUGUUUUCCAGCGCUGAAGAAAAUUCAUCAAGUUUUAUAAAAGGACUGCCCUGGAUUACGAGCGAUGACGCGAAUGAUUUGGAUGAUGGAGCAAAGAUCGACGAUAAAAUGAAAAUUGCUUGGCGGUAUAAAGAAAUGAAGAAGUUUGAAUCUGGAAUUAAAAGUAAUAAUAGAAAGAAUGUCAUACCAACCAUUUUCAAAGAUAAACGAAUCCCUAUCGCCGGAUCUCAACGGCAGGAGCAACCAUUUUGUUAUACUUUCGAUUUAACAAAACAAAUUCCACAAUCAUCGAUAGAUUUGGCUUCAAUAACACUAGUAGAUGCAACUAAAUGGACCGAUGAAUUACAUAAUGAGAGCAUAUAUGAUAAGCUUUUAUCCGAAAUCCGUCAUAAAAAUGCGUUAAGAAUUGGAAUACAUUCGAUCGCAUCACCUUCAUGGCGUUCUAAUUCUCCUCAUGAUCUUUAUCGAUUUUUUCAUGCCUUACGUGGCUUAUUAAGAAUUUCAUCUAGUUUAUCUGUGAUAACAAUUCCAGCUCAUUUAUAUUCAUCUAAUAAUUCGGAGUCUUGCUCAUUUAUAAGACGAAUUGAACAUAUAUCUGAUGCAGUUGUCGAGUUGGAGUCAUUUGCAGGUUCAUCUGCAACAGUAAAUAACAUAUAUAGUGCUUCAUAUCAUGGUUUAUUCCAUGUGCAUAAAUUACCGACAAUCAAUUCCCUUAUAUCACCUUCAAUUAAAUUAUCAAUACUUUCGGGUGGGGGUGGUAAUAAUUUAGGAUUUAAAUUGAGAAGAAAAAAGUUUUCCAUCGAGACUUUUCACUUACCACCUGAAGGUGGAUUAACAGUAAGGAAAGUAAUUAAGUCUGGAGGUGAUGAUGAAAAAAAGGAUCCUUAUGAUUUUUGA